CCGAACUAUACCGCAUCAUCUUCAUCCAAUUGGGAUAAGACUGGCAUGUACGCUCCACUGAACCAUCUCACCCUUCCCUCCUCCUUCGUCACCAUGCCUGCCUCUGCAACUUCUCUCUCGGCCUUCUCAUCUCUCUCUCUCCGCACCCCACCUUGUUUCUCUCACCUCAACCAUCCUCUACUACCAUCACGACCAUUUCUAUUCAUCACCUCAACCACCACUACCAACAAAUCUCCACAGAACCCAUCUUUCUCUCUCCCCUCCAAACCCACCAAACUCAAACCCAUCAGAGCCAAUUCCUCCGACAUUGACACCACUUUCUUUGACACGGUAGACCCAGAAGAAAUCACAAGCUUUAACCCCCCAGAACGACCAGAAGACUUUGUACCACCUCCACCAAUCGACGAAGGUCCGUAUGAAACCGAAGAACAAAUCGCCGUCGCAUACGAAGAACUUUACGGCCCAGCUUACAGUGGAGAGAGUUUUCUUGGGAAGGACAUCUAUGUUAUGGAUUCUAAGGUGAAAAAGAUAAGUGGGUUAGGGUCGAAAGGUAAGAACGAGAAAGUUAGAGAUGGGUUUGAUGAGAGAGUUGUACAGGUGAGAAGAGUGACUAAGGUGGUGAAAGGUGGAAAACAAUUACAUUUUAGAGCAGUUGUGGUUGUUGGGGACAAACAAGGCCGUGUGGGUGUUGGCGUUGGCAAGGCUAAGGAGGUUAUUGCGGCGGUCCAGAAGUCGGCGGUGAAUGCAAGGAGGAAUAUUAUUACAGUGCCCAUGACAAAGUACCUGACUUUCCCUCACAGGACAUUGUUGGGUCAUGGGUGUACUAGAUAUUGAGAGAGUUUGCAUACCUGCUAAGGUUUAUCUUGUGGGACGACUUGGUGGUAUGUGCUUCCUUUUGCUGUUAGUUUUCCUGAAGAUCCAUGUUCUACCAAGACAACUGUAGUUGCAGAUAAUGGUUUUCUUAUUGUCUAAUCAGAUAAAAUCUCAUGCACGAGAAGCAAGUUUAGGCUUGACAUGUGCCAUGUUUCAGAUUCUUUGUUCAGAUCCGAGGGAGACUAUGGGGCAGCAAAGGUGAUGCUUAGACCCGCUUCCUCUGGUACUGGAGUGAUUGCUGGAGGUGCAGUGAGGAUUGUUUUGGAGAUGGCGGGUGUUGAAAAUGCCUUGGGGAAACAGCUUGGAAGUAACAAUGCCCUCAACAAUGCAAGAGCCACAGUUGUUGCAGUGAUGAAAAUGAGGCAAUUCAGUGAAGUUGCUAAAGAACGUGGGAUCCCAAUGGAAGAACUCUGGAAGUAACUGGACUUGCGUAUUCCAUAGUUUUCAUCAUAUUUUUUGUGUAGAAUAUACUCUUCAUCAGGGAAGUUCAAAAUGCAUUUGUCUCUUGACAUGUUUUCAAGAGGUGACGAUUCUCUCUUGCAUACAUUUAUUAUCCGAAACUCAAAUGAAACCAUGUACUCUCUUCCUGGUAUUCACCAAUUCGCUCCAAUUCCGAAACCAAUUGGCAAAUUCAUUUCCUCGACAGGAUAUAAUACUGUUUUGAGAUGCCAAGUACAUAGUCAGGUAUGAACGUUCGAUGAUUCUUUGGAAUAUUCACAUUCUCAAAAGAUGUAUGCAACUAUUCAUUGGCUAAAAAUUGCAUAAUUGCAUGAAGGCAUUAGUCUGUUUUGAUUUACAUGCGAUACAAUGUCUUGUUUUAUGACUUGUGGUCAUGAAUAAAGG